CUGGUGGGUGUGGGAUAGUGUGUGUUGUAACAUAGAGAUAGUGAAGCUGUAACACGGUAGACCACGAAACUCAUUGCCUGCGUUCUGUUCAAGCGCCUUCGUAAGCACAUCAAAAUAUGGACACCCUUAGCAGGUGCUAGCUAUGGAUGUGUUAUGGUGAUACCAUGUUUAAAUGACAGAAGGUGGAAUACUUGAUAGAAUGUAUCCAUGUUAUGACAUCGGAGAGUCCCCAUAGGGUCAUGAUACAACAUGGUGCAGUACGAUACAAGGAUACUUGAGUGAGUAUCAAGGAUCUUGGGUGGUUACAUGAUCGAUGAGGAUCUUCAAAGGAACAGAACAUAGAACUGUAAUAUGUGUAAUGUCUUUGUCUUUCGUCUUUCGUCUUUGAGAUGAACGCUAACAACCUACCAUGAUAGGUUGGAGUUUAAAGUCAUGUAGCUACAGACUAGCUUGUGGUGGCAUUGUCCUCGGAUUUCUUCAAUUCGUUGUCGGCUUUGGUCUGCCAGCUUGGAAGCGAGAUGCACGUGUCAUUUCUGGGUUGUGGCAGAAUUGCACCGCCUCUCUUUCCAAGUGUGAGUCCUAUUCUACACACAGUGGAGAAGGUUGGUUCGACGCUGUGAGGGCAGUAGAGGCCGUAGCUCUUGUUAACUACUGCAUAUGUCUUGUCAUCUUAUGUGAGCUGAACUGUACAUCCCGCAACAUUCACGCUGUCAGAUGUGACAGAUUCGGCCUCCCAGCGUUGUGUGUCUGUACGGGUGUUCUGGGUCUCGCUGGAGGAGUGGUUUAUGCUGUGUGUGAAGCCGACGGACACUCCACGUUUUCCUCCGGACUCUAUCUUGUAUUGGUGGGUUCUACGUUUGGCCUCCUGUGUGGGGUCUUUUUGUUGUGUCAUAAACCAAAGCUGUAUGAGGAUGAACUUGAUCUUGACAGCAUCCGCAGCGCACCUGUAUUCAGCUCCACCAUCAACCCAGUGUUUGUUGAACCAAGUCCCUUGCGAGCUGCUGAAACUGAAGUGUUUUACUAAAUACACUCAAUGGAGCUAUUGAAUAAUUCAUUGUUAACCACACCUAGUAGGCAUACCAUAACUACACUAGUCAUAUACAUCCUGCUGCUGAAGACAUUUCGAAUUAUUUCCACGACCCAUCGUUAUUGAUAACGAUUGAAAACAAACGAUUUGAUGUACACUAGAAUCCACGCAAUGUUGUGUUACUUUAAAUAUAUUCUUAUGUUAGCAUUUAAAUAUUGUAAUAUUCAAAUUACAAGUUUUUUCACUUCUUAACACGAACUAUUUAUAUGUCUACAGUAUGUAUUACUGUUAAUAAAAUAACGGUACAAUACGAUGACACGUAAUCAGCAGCCACGUUAUAACCAUAAGAUUGAAUGAGUGAGUGAUAUAUUCCAGCAAUAUCACGGUGGGGUACCCCAGAAGUAGGCUUCACACAUUGUACCCAUGUGGGGAAUUGAACCCGGGUAUACUGCGUGACGAGCGAACGCUUUAACCGCUAGGCUACCCCACCGCCCUUGUUACCAUAUGAACCUUUCCAGUCGGGUGUGACGCUUUAUUGCACAACAUGUGUAUCGCGUGCAUACACGUACUUGUACAUGUAGAAAAUGGAAGAAUAACAUUUAUGUUUACCGAA